AUGGUAAAGGUAAAUGUUAAAUGGAAUAAAGAGAAAUAUGAAGUUGAUGUUGACCCAUCAGAACCAGUUUCAAGUUUUAAAGGUCAAUUAUAUUCAUUAACUAUGGUUCCAAUAGAAAGACAAAAAAUUAUGGGAUUUAAAGGUGGAAUUUUAAAAGAUGAUGCACAAUGGAAAGAUUUAGAUUUAACAGAAGGAAAGAAUUUAAUGUUAAUGGGAUCAGCAGUAGAAUUAGAGAAACCAGAUAAACCAAUUGUAUUCCUUGAAGAUUUACCACCAAGUAAAGCUGCAGCACUUAAUAGUUUAUUACCAGCUGGUUUAACUAAUCUUGGUAAUACUUGUUAUUUAAAUUCAACUUUACAAUGUUUAAAAACUGUACCUGAAUUAUUAACAAUUAUUAAAAAUUAUAAACCAAAAACAAAUUCAAGAUAUUCAAAUUUAUUAAAAAGUUCACAAGGUUUAUUUAAUGAUUUAUCAAGAUUACAUGAACCAGUAACACCAUCAGUAUUUUUGAAUACAUUUAGAAUGUGUUUCCCAAGAUUUUCAGAAAAGAGUCCAGAAGGAUUAUAUAUGCAACAAGAUGCAGAGGAGGCUUGGGGUGAAUUAUUAACAGCCUAUGCUCACGAGUUACCAUUGGAUAAUGCAAAUGGCACUGAUUCACAUUCUGCCGAUUUGAUAAAGAGAUCAAUGAUUGGUAAAUUGUUUGGUAUUCAAGUGGUUGAGAAAUUCACUUGUAAAGAUAAUCCAGAGGAAGAACCAACCACUAGAGAGGAAACACUUUUAAAAUUAGCAUGUAAUAUCACCGUUGAAACAAGUUACCUUUUCGAUGGUCUUAAAAAAGGUUUAGAAGAAGAGAUUUCAAAAGCUUCACCAACACUUCACAAAGAUGCAAUCUAUACAAAGAAAACUUUAAUUAAACAAUUACCAAAAUAUAUUAUGGUUCAAUUUGUUAGAUUCCAUUGGAAAGAUGCAACAAAAACAAAAUCAAAAAUUGUUAGAGUUGUACAAUUCCCAUUUACUUUAGAUUUAUUCGAUUUAUGUACACCAGAAUAUAAAGAAAGAUUAUCACCAAAUAGAAAGAGAGUGGAAGAUGAAUUUAAUGCAUCACUUGAAAGAAAGAGAAAAGUUAUUGGUGGUAGUGGUGAUGGUAAUGAUGAAGAUGAUAAACAAGUUGAAAAGAAAGCAGCAGUUAAUAAUGAUAAUCAACCACAAUCUUCAACUUCUUCAAAUGAUUCAGUUUCUACUACAGGGGCUGCUGUUGAUGAUGAUGUCUUUUUCAAAGAGAAUGAAACUGGUAAAUAUGAAUUAUGUGCUGUUUUAACUCAUCAAGGUAGAUAUGCUGAAUCUGGUCAUUAUGUUGCUUGGGUUAAGAAAUCUGAAAAUAAAUGGUAUAAAUUUGAUGAUCGUGAUGUCACAGAACAUACAGAUGAAGAUAUUAAAAAACUUUCAGGUGGUGGUGAUUUCCAUAUUUGUUAUUUAGCACUUUAUAGAACUCUUACCGUAAAACCAAAAUCUUCUUCAACAAUUACUGAACAAAAAUAA